UCCCAAAAAGGACAUUCAUUUGAAAUUUUUUCAACGACCCGUAAAGCAGCAGUUACAGUUUGCUCUCUCUACCUAUCAAGAUACGAAAUUUCAUAACUGGAAGAAAAUGGCCCUGCUGAGCCUGCAAUCGAUGCGUGUCCUGCGGAACUUUUACGGAUCCCUGCUGAGGCGGUCAUUUUCAUCCAGCAUUGGCGAAAAUCGAGCUGAGAAGGGACUGGUUCUGGGCCUCUACGAGCAGGAAAUCGAAACGGAAGAACCCCGUCUUUCUCCGGUAGCCGGUCACUUUGAUGCCAAGACGGAAGGUCAGCUGAUAAAUUUGAUCAAGGAGUCGAGCAUCAAAGGAAAAAUUGGACAAGUGAAAGUUUUCAACAACAUCGAUCCAGAUUUUGGCUCGGUGGCCGUCGUGGGACUUGGUCUGGAAGGACUGGGUUACAAUGAGCUGGAACAACUGGACGAGGGUCUCGAGAACGUGCGUAUUGCGGCGGGAAUCGGAGCCAAGUGUCUCGCAAAGAACGGAUGUUCCAGGAUUUGGGUGGACCCUAUGCAGGCCGCUGAGCAAGCGGCUGAAGGUAGCGGCUUGGCAACGUGGAAGUAUCAGGCCAACCGAAUGAAGUCGGAGCGACUCCCGAUCCCGAAGUUGGAGCUGUUCGAUUCACCGGACGGUGAUGCCUGGACCCGAGGAUUGUUCAAAGCAGAUGCACAGAAUCUGGCACGGAGCCUAUCGGACGCACCGGGCAAUCAGAUCACUCCGACGGCAUUUGCCCAGGCCGCUGUCGACGCGCUGUGUCCCUGUGGAGUAAGUACCGAGGUCAGGAACAUGGACUGGAUUGAGUCAAAAAGCAUGAGCAGUUUCCUGUCGGUGGCGAAGAGUUCUUGUGAGCCACCCAUUUUUCUGGAAAUCAGCUACUGCGGUGAGCACGACUCUGGACGACCGAUACUGUUGGUUGGUAAAGGUAUCACGUUCAACAGUGGUGGCCUGUGCUUGAAGGAGCCGCAUGGUAUGUCGCAGUACCGUGCAAGCAUGUCCGGAGCGGCUGCCAUUGUUGCCACCAUCCGAGCGGCGGCAGCUCUGUCUCUACCGGUCAAUUUGGUGGGUUUGAUUCCACUGUGUGAGAAUAUGCCAUCCGGAAUGGCGUUCAAGCCAGGCGAUGUCAUUACCACCCUCAACGGAAAGACCGUGGCUAUUCACGAUACCAACAAUGCCGGUCGGCUGAUCAUGGCAGAUACAUUUACCUACGGACAGAACACGUUUAAACCCAAGGUGGUGAUGGACGUCGCGACGCUCACGGAUGGUGUGACGCACGCGCUUGGCGGCGCCGCAAGUGGCGUUUUCUCCAACUCGGACUUCCUGUGGAAACAGAUGCACAAGGCAGGAGCCAUCACCGGCGAUCGCGUCUGGAGGAUGCCUUUGUGGCAAUACUACACGCACAAAGUUUCAAAUUACACAAAUGUGGACCUGAGCAACACCGGUCAUGGUAAAGGAAGUGCUUGCUUGGGAGCAGCUUUCCUUAAGGAAUUCGUUCCCUGCGUUGAUUGGAUCCAUCUGGAUAUUACCGGUGUCGGCAUGCUCAAGAAGGGAGUUGGUAUUCCGUACCUCGCCGAGCAUCGUAUGACUGGCCGCCCUACGAGGACGCUUGUUCAGUUCCUGUAUCAGAUGGCGUGUCCCGAUGUGCAGGUCAAGAGUCUCUCGAAGGAAAAAUUAAGUGGCUCCGAUUAG